CAACAACUUUAAAGAUGGUGAAUGAAUACAAGAGAAUUGUUCUGCUGAAAGGAUUAGCGAACAUCAGUAGUGAUCAAUUUGACUUCUUUAAGUCAUUAAUGUCCAGUGAUUUAAGACUGGAGCGAAACAUGCAAGAGAAAUAUACCAAGGUUCAGAUUGCUGACAUGAUGGAAGAUGAAUUCCCAACUGAUGCUGGAUUGAGCAAACUGAUUGACUUUUGUGAAGACAUACAAACUCUUAAAGGACUUGCUGAAACCCUUAAAGAAGAGAAAUCAAAAGUAAAAGGAAAAACACCAUUGAGAAAUAAGAAUCAAGAAGCAAGUUCUGCUAUAAAAACACCAACUGCAAGCAAUACUUCAGCAUCGGAUGGAGGGGAAAUUUCCGCAGCUCAGAAAAGAAAAAGUAUGAAUAAUGAAAAGACUGCCGUGAAAAAGGCCAAGGUGUCUGAGAGGCCAAAUCACCCUCCAUGUUCUACAGAAAACACAGCCAGAUGCCAGUUCUCAGUAUUCCAGACCUCAUCUUUGGCUUCAUUCAACACUUCUUUGGAUAAGAACCAAAAGACACAGACCCAAAAUCAGAGCACUGCCAGAGGUGCUGUUUGCAAAAAUGAUGUCAUGAUAGUGAUGGUGCUCAAUGCAACAGAGCCAUUUGUAUAUAAGUCAACAGAACCUGGAGGAAAGAUGAUGUUUCAUGCUACAGUGGCCACUGAAAGCGAAUAUUUCCAUGUGAAAGUCUUCAACAUCAACCUGAAAAAGAAGUUCACAAGAGAGAAUGUCAUCAUGAUCUCUAAUUACCUUGAAUUCAAAGGAAUUCUAGAGAUAAAUGAAGAUUCCUUUGUGCUUGAAGCUGGUCCUGUCCAAAGUAUUAAAGUCCCUAUAAGCCUUAUCAGAAAAUCAAAAGAAACUCCCAAGAUUUUUGAUAUUCGCAAGUAUGCCACUGGAACACCGGUUUAUGGGUUAUUUACAUUACAUAAGAUAAAGGUGAACCCAAAGAACACAAUCUAUGAAAUGAAGGACAGCACAGGAAAUAUAGAAGUUCUAGGGAGUGAGCAAUGCUACAACAUCAGCUGUAAGAAAGGAGACAAACUGCGACUCUUCUGCUUUCAAGUGAAAACAAUUGACAAGCAACCGAAGCUGGUGUCUGGCGAUCACAGUUUCAUUAAGGUAUGA